AUGAAUAACGAGCCUAAUCAAAAUUUUAUUAAAGAUUUUUCAAAUUUGCUUGAAGAUUUUGAUAUAAAAAUUAAAGCUGGUGAAGAACCAAAUGUUAAAGAAUUUGAAGCUCAUUCUAGUAUUCUAUCAGCAAGAUCGGUUUACUUUAAAACUGCAUUGUCAUCACAAUGGGCAAGGAGAGAAAAUGGAAUCAUCAUUUUCAAUAAACCUAAUAUUUCACCAUUAGUAUUUGAAAUUCUUAUAAA